AUGAGCGCAUCCUUCAACGCAAAGGAGCAGCAGACAUCGGUGCCCGAUACGGGCGACGCACCGGCAUCGGGCAUCAACGCCAACACGGUCGUGCUGGGCCUCUUGGUCCUCGCCGUCAUCUACUUCCUCAUGCCGGGGGGUAAGAAGAACAAGGUGCCGUCGGGCCUCAAUGCCGGGCAGGGACAGCGUGGCGCUGCUCCCAAAGCUGCGGCCGAGGACGACGACGAGGAUUCAUGGACGGCCAAGCUCAAGAGCCAGGAUAAGAAAGCCGCCGUCUUCUUCGGGUCGCAGACGGGCACAGCGCAGGAGUACGCACUCAAGUGGGCCAAGGAGGCUCGGUCCAAGUUUGGCGUGUCGUCGCUUGUGCUCGACCCCGAACAAGUCGAGUUCAACAACCUCGACCGUGUGCCGAACAGCAAGGCUGUCGUGUUCGUCAUGGCGUCCUACGGUGAGGGCGAGCCAACCGACAAUGCAGAGGCGAUGAUGGAAUUCCUCCUGGAUGAAGAUGUCCAGUUCAGCCAUGGUGGUUCGCGUCUCGACAAUCUCAACUACGUCAUCUUUGGACUCGGCAACACGACAUACGCAAAGUACAAUGAAGUUGCGCGCAAGCUCGACGCCCGGCUGGAGGAACUUGGGGCCAACCGUAUCGGCGGCCGCGGUGAGGGCGACGAGAUUGCCGGCUCAGAGAAGGGAUACAUGGAAUGGAAGGAGAGGAUGUGGUCCGAGUUUGCCGAUCGCCUCGAACUUGAGGCAGGCGCAGGCGCAGAUAUUGCAGACUUUAGCGUCACCGAGAUCGGGCGCGAGACGGAUAACAACACGUAUCUUGGCGAGCUGUCCGAGCAUGCGCUCAAGGUAUCGACGGGUCGCGCACCUGCCCGUGGCAUCUUCGACGCCAAGAACCCGUACCCGUCUCCCGUGAUUGCGCGUGAACUGUUCGCUCUCGACGGCGAACGUAACUGCGUUCACCUCGAGUUUGAUAUUUCCGGCACAAACAUUUCGUAUUCUGCCGGCGACCACAUUGCCAUCUGGCCCUCCAACCCGGACAUGGCUGUCGAGCGUUUCCUCAGUGUCCUGGGUCUUGCCGACAAGCGCGAUGUCAUUGUCGACGUCAAAGCUCUCGACCCUACCCUCGCGGCGGUCCCAUUCCCGAACCCUUCCACAUACGAGGCCAUCUUCCGCAACUACCUUGAGCUCUCGGCGCUUGCGUCGCGCCAGACCCUCGCCACGCUCGCACAGUUCGCUCCUACUCCCCAAGCCCGCGCCAUUUUGGAGAGGUGGGGAUCCGACCCUGAAGUAUACGACCGCGAGGUCGACAAGGCUCGUCUCCGCCCCGCUGAGGCGUUGCAACUCGCCACUGGAAACGACCCUUCUAACCCUAAAGACGCGGCUGUGUGGCCCAUUCCCCUCGACCGUAUCAUCUCGCUCCUCCCACGCCAGAAACCGCGCUACUACUCCAUCUCGUCGUCGUCCAAAAUGUACCCGACCACUGUUCACGUCACGGCCGUCGUGCUGAAAUACCAAACUCCCGAGUCCAAGAUGCACGGCGACCAGCCUCGCUGGGUCUACGGCAUGGGCUCCAACUUCCUCCAGUCUGUCCAGGAGAAUCUGCGGUACGGCGACCUUGCUGGCGCCAACACGACUAUCCGUCUUGAGGGCAUGCCUACUCAAACGCCGACGUACCGCCUCAAGGGUCCGCGUGAUGCGCAUGUUCAAGGCAAUGUCUUGCGCGUUCCCAUCCACAUUCGUCGCUCGACAUUCCGCCUUCCUGCCAACACAAAGGUACCUGUGAUCAUGAUUGGUCCCGGCACAGGCGUCGCCCCGUUCCGCGGCUUUGUGCAGGAACGAGUGGCCAUGGCCCGCUCGGCCAAGCAGCGUAAGGGCGAUGCCGCCCUUGCCGACUGGGGAGACAUGUUCCUCUUCUACGGCUGUCGUCGGGAGGAUGAGGACUUUCUCUACCGUGACGAAUGGCCGCAAUACGCCGCCGAGCUCGAUGGAAAGCUCAAGAUCCACACGGCAUUCUCGCGCGGUCCGGAACGUAAGCCCGACGGUUCAAAGAUCUACGUCCAGGACCUUAUCUGGAAUGCGCGCGAUGCUCUCGUCCCCGCCAUCCUUCACCACGGCGCAUUCAUCUACAUCUGCGGCGACGCCAAGAGCAUGGCCAAGGAAGUCGAGCGAUGCCUGGCCCAGAUGCUGGCCGAUUACCGCGGCGGCACCCUCGAGGCCGAGGGAUACGAGGAGCUCAAAAACCUCAAGGACAAGAAGCGCUUCCAGACUGAUGUCUGGUCGUAG